UCACGAGAUGUACCGCUGCGUCGUUACACCGUGAAGGCUUGUAGAUUGACCUACAUAUGACAGGCGCCCUGCACACGAGAGGUUUGACUUCAUUACGGAUACAAUAAGUGAAAGAAAAGGAUGGAAGAGUUUGACUUUGAGGUCCCCCCGGUGCCAUCAUCUCCACCCAGCAGUCCAAAUCCUCCACCUUCCGAAGAGCCUGACUUAGAUUGGUGUUUGCGAAGAACGCAUGAUGUUGCUUUAAUAUAUGCGGAGGACGACCAGGAGGAAGCUUUUAACAUAUUAACCGAAAUGACUGAGGAAACAAACCUUGAUGUCCGUCUGCAGACAGACGAGUGUUUUGGCGGAAGUCUUCUUGAGAAACCUGAGAAAAUUGCCACACAAUGCUGGCUUGUGUUAGUAGUUCAAACACAUAAUACAACCAACGACAUGGUAGCAAAAUUCACUAAAGACGAACUAAUUGUGAAAAUUCGUAUCACAGAGGCCAAGGAUUAUAUUCGCCCCCUGUGCACUGAAAAAGGACUUCCAAACUUAUCAGGUCUGGCAUCUAUUGAACCCUUACUUUGGGAUCCAUCAGCCAAAACGAGAACGAAGAGAAGGAUUGAGGACUAUAUUAAAUGGCAAAAGGAACAGGAUGUAACAUGGCGCAUCGAAAAUUUGAAACUUGGAGCUCAGGUGAAACUCUGUGACCCUAAUGACGUGAAAACAAAACGCCUCUCAAACGUUUAUGACAUGAGUGGCGAUAAAAAAGGGCUCCUGUUCAUCAUCAACAACUACGAAUUUACAGAUUCCAAAAAAUAUUCCAACAGAGAUAGCAGUUGUAAAGACGCAGAGUCUCUGAAAACAUUGUUUGAGAAGUUUGGAUUUAAAGUUGAAACGGAGAACAAUCUGACAGCUCAGGGCAUAAUGGACAAAUUUGUGCAACAAGUCGAAGCAUUUGAACAGAAGGGCUAUCGCUGCUUUGCUACUGCCAUUUUAUCACAUGGCAUAAAAGGUGGCGUAAUCGGCAUAGAUGGCAAAUUUGUGUCUAUGGGAAAAAUCAAGAAUAUCUUUUUGGAUGAACACUUGAUACUUCACAAGGAAAAACCGAAGCUGUUCUUUAUUCAAGCUUGUCAGGAAGGUCCGGCUUUGCACGCGUUGACUACUGGCAAACAACCCAAAUUACACCCAGAAGCGAACUUUUACUGGACCUCAGCAACCGUGCCUGGUUACGUGGCAGUGAGGGAUGAAAAUGAUGGAUCGUAUUUCAUUGAAUGUCUUGUGAAUGUAUUCACAAAGUAUGCCCAUCAAUACGAUUUGGACAACUUGAUGUCUAAAGUUGCAUACAACGUUGAGCGCCUGACAUCAAGGGAUCACAAUCCUCAGAUCAUCGAGAGAAAAUCAACCUUACUAAAGCAGCUGUUCUUCUUUCCAGGGAUUUAGGGACAUAUCUGAAAUCAAGAAAUUUAGGUAAUUGAACAUUAGGAUAUAAAGCUUUACGCUUCAUGAAUUCACCACACAUAUUAAGAUUGUCAUUUGAUACAGACGAUCUUUUAUUUGAGAUAAACCCAUUAUCAGCAAUAAUAAUAAUAAUAAAUGAAAAUGUGUUGAAAGCAGAAAAACAUCAAUUUCAUAAACUGACUGUUUGAGCAUGGUUUUACCACGACGUCUGACUAGGGAUUCAAUUGUGACUAUAUGGGGUUCGGGAGCCGGGUCUUCUGGGUGACGAGGUAAAGCUUUAACCAAUCUGUCCUACUAGGAAGUGUCUUGUCGUUUGAUAUCACAUAUGUCAACAAGCGUUGACUACAGAAGCAAGCUCCCAGGGUUGCCAACGUAGUUUAAAUGCUUCAUUCUUUGAGAGUUGCGGUAUUUGAUAUCCAAUUGGACUUAGGGACCAACCAUUUGAUAUUUUGGAGGAGGCCUAGGAUUUUGUAUGAAGAGUAGAUAUUGUUUCAGGAACAGCUGCAAAAAAUAGAUAUUUUUUAACUGUGAGCCUAAACAUAUUUUGGAAAAAGAACCACAUGAAAAUAAAAUAUUUUCUGCGCCUGACUGUAUUAUUUAAAACAUUCCAAAGCACACUUAUUUAUUUCAAGCCUUUUCUGGGACAAUAUUUGUUUAAAACAUGCAGGAAACACAAAUACCAAAUGGUCGGUCUCUGAGUGUAUUAUUGUCCAUUACCAUUCUGAGUACAUAAUUUUGAAAUAAUUUUUUUUAUUUCAAGAGUUCAUCAGUUGACGUUAACUGUCAUUCCUUAGUGACAGUACGUCAGAACUUUGCUACUGUUAUAAGGUUAAAAUGCAUUGGAAAGCAUCCAGCUUGUCAGUUUUGUAUAUUUAAAAUUCGUUCACUGUGCGCUGGAACUGGAUGAAUUCGAUAAAGACAUGAGAAUUCAUAAUUGUGAGAAAAAAAAACUGUUUCAGAAUUAUAUCCACCUUAUCGUUAACUUCUAUCGGAAUUUUUCAAUUUAUCAAUAUUAAAACAAUUUGAAAGUGUAUACAACCUCUUCUAGAGGUUUCAGCUUUCACUACAAACACGAAAACGUCGU